AUGAAAACAGUUAAAAUAUUUUAUAAAGUAUCAAAUACUAUAGCAGAGAUAGCUUGUAAACCUGAUCAAACAAUACUUGAUAUAAAAAAACUCAUUAAUAACAAAAAUCCAGAAUCUGUCAUACUAACAUACAACAACAAGAAGAUAUACGAAUAUACUAUUGUUAAUUCUUUGAGUGGAGAUGUAAUACUGGUUAUAGAAAACGAAGAUAGUAUUUUAGAUACAACUUUAGUAUUUGUCGAUGCUGCUGAAAUUGAUCGAAGAAACAAAAAAUCUAAAUCUAGUAAUUUAUCAAUAACACUAAGAAAUAUUCAAUCAGAAGUAACCGAUUGUUUAAAAGAAUUACUUGGUGAUGUAUUUACAGAUUCAAAUGAUGUUUCAAAUUUCAUUUCAUCGUUAAUUUCAAGAGAGACUGUUUAUAGAACAACGGUGUUGAUUUUUUUAGCUAAAUUUAACUUUAAUUUGUUUGUUUUUAUAACUUAUGUUAAGUUCUUUGAAUUACUCGGAUAUUUAUUUUAUCAAUUGAAGAAGGAAACUACUUUUUCAUUUGAUUUUUACUCUAAAACUGUUUUAUGUUUUUUUACAUCAAUUAUUUUUAUAAAUUAUGAUAAAAUAUUUGAAGAUGAUUUAAAUAUUAACAAGAAGAAAAGAGCAAAAUAA